AUGGUCAUCGGAAAUAUUGAACGUUUGAGCGAUGUGACCAAGCUCUCAGCACAUGUCACUCGUGUCUUGGGUCAAAAUCCAGGAAUGAUGACAUUACAAGGAACCAAUUCAUAUCUCCUUCAACCUCCGUCCAAUCCCCACGCACCUCUAAUUUUGAUUGAUACUUCUUCUCCUCAUACUGCGACUCAAUACAUCGACUUAUUGUUCACUCACCUACACCAUCUCGCCCUUGAAUCUGGUGUCAGAGAAACCCACUUCGAAUCGGCUCAUGCUCAAGCUUCCUUGAAGAACCUACCCGAAGAUGAAGUGGACGAAAUUAAAGCUUCAAUCGUAGCUCAAAGAGCUGAAAAUCCAAGAUCUGAAGAAAUGGAGUUAUUAGAAUACGGUCCUGGAAGUAAAUGGGUUCCACCACCUACAUCACAUAAUAAUUUGGGCAAAGAAAGGAAAUUACCUUCUAUCGAACAUAUAAUCUUGACUCACAGACAUCUAGAUCAUGUAGGUGCUUUACCAUUGUUAUUGACUACAUUGAAGAAACAUGGUUGUUCUCAACCUAAAAUAUGGAAAUUCCCUUCUCCCGAUGAAACGAUCUUGGCUACAUCACCCAAUGAAAAAGAAAGAUCAACGUCAGAUUCCGAAAUUUGGAAAUCAUUACCAACUCCUCAAAACAAUAUCAAUAAAGAUAACAAGGAUAAAGAUAAAGAACCAUUCUUCCAUUCUUUUUCACUUUUUCAACCUUUUCAUCCUAUAAUUCCAGGACUGAUGAUUUCAAUCAUUGAUCCGAAUUAUAAACAUUUACUGAAACAUGAUAAAGAUGGUAAAGCGAAAUGGAAUGAAGUGCCCGAGAUAGCAAGAGUCAGUUUAAGAUGUCUCAGAACUCCAGGACAUACUCAAGAUAGUAUAAGUCUUGUGAUGUUGGAAGGUGAAAAAGGUGUUUUCACUGGUGAUACAGUUCUAGGCCAAGGUACUACCCAAUUCACAGAUUUAGCAUCUUAUGUGACUUCCCUUCGAACUCUACUCGCUCUCAAGCCCAAUGUGCUUUAUCCGGCUCAUGGGCCUCACAUCUCAAAUGCUGCAGCCUGUAAGAAGCACUUAGAGACAUACAUCUCUCAUCGACAAGAACGAGAGGAGCAAAUCAUUUGCAUCUUCAAAGACCUUUCGGAUCCAGAAACUUCUUUCGUUGAUAUCCUGAUCGAGCUGAAGAGGAUUUGUCAUACAAGAGCUGAAAAGGAAAAUAAGGCAAGAGGACCUUUGAUGGCUGACAAGAAGAAACCCGUUCCAAUGCCUGAUUUCGAAGAGGAAAAACUAUCACUCGAGAAAGCAGAAAAGGAAGGCAACAGAGGCAAAUCAAUCCCCAUGAGCGUACUCUGUAGACUCAUUUAUAAAUCCGAGGAUGAGAAAUUACUCUUUGCAGCUGCCAAAAGUGUUGGGGCUCAUUUAGUCAAACUUGGAAAGGAAGGAAAAGUAAAGAAGGGUAUUGCGAAAUGGGCCAAAUUGGUCGAAAAAGAAGUUGGGGAUUUGGGGAACAUGGAGACAUGGGAGUAUGUGGGAUAG